AGACAUGUCGAAUACAUCUGUCAUCACCUUGUGUUUUUUCAAUGGAUUGUCAAAGCUGUGCGGUCAAGUUUUACUUGUUUGUUUUUAACAAUUUGAUAGUUAAUGUCGAGUCCUGAAACUGACGAAGCCACGGAGAGGACAACUUUGAUGAGUUCAAGGGACAUGGACGGCCAUGUCAGCGAAAAUAGAGAUAGACCUGAGGGUACUGGAGAUAGGAUAGCUCAUAGACCGAAACACCAGUCUCACAGGACUGGACAAUCCGCUCAUCCCUCAGCUUAUCAGGAUAUCACCAGUUACGGCAGUACCUCCAGUAGAGCUGAGCCUCCCAACUCACCCCGUUCCGGUGGUGGGUCCUCAGAGAUGGAAUAUGAUGAUGAUGAAGAAUUGAAGUAUGGUGCUGAACACGUCAUCAAAUUGUUUGUUCCCGUCUCCCUGUGCAUGCUUGUUGUUGUUGCAACAAUAAGCUCAGUAACAUUCUACACAAUCAAAGAUGUGUACUUAGUAUAUACGCCUUUCCACGAAACUAGUCAGGAUACGUCAACGAAAUUAUGGAAUGCAUUUGCAAAUGCAGCAAUCUUAAUCUCAGUCGUCAUCCUCAUGACAAUUCUCCUUAUAGUUUUGUAUAAGAAUCGUUACUACAAGAUCAUCCACGGUUGGUUGAUUCUUUCAUCUCUAUUGCUCCUGUUCGUGUUUUUCUACUUGUACUUAAAGGAAGUCCUUAGAGCCUACAACAUAGCAAUGGACUACUUCACAUUGUCGGUUAUUUUGUGGAAUUUUGGAGUGGUUGGUAUGAUUGCCAUCCACUGGAAAGCACCAUUGCGCUUACAGCAAAUGUACUUGAUCUUUGUAGCUGCAUUGAUGGCUCUCGUCUUCAUCAAGUACUUGCCUGAGUGGACAACAUGGACAGUAUUAGGAGUGAUAUCCAUAUGGGAUCUAGUAGCUGUUUUAAUGCCUGGUGGUCCCCUCAGAAUACUAGUCGAAACAGCGCAAGCAAGAAAUGAGCAAAUAUUUCCAGCUUUAAUAUAUUCUUCAACUGUCAUUUACCAAACGGUAACGAUGGCAAAGUUGGAAACAACAUCGGAAGGUAGAACGCGGUCACAUUCCCUAGCAUCAAACAAUCCAUCUUCAUCAGGCCCUGCUUCGCCUCACACAGCUAGUCCAGGUGAUGGCCAAGCAGGGUUUACUCGAGAGUGGUCUGAAGCUCAUGCACAGAAUGCUUCAGAUGUACCAAACGUAGUAGUCCCUCCACGUCCUCUUGAUGAUGAUGAUGAAGAAGAGCGAGGAGUGAAACUUGGGUUAGGAGAUUUUAUUUUCUACAGUGUUCUGGUCGGCAAAGCAUCCUCUUACGGAGAUUGGAACACAACAAUUGCUUGUUUUGUAGCAAUUUUAAUCGGGCUGUGUCUAACGCUUCUACUUUUAGCAAUUUUCAAGAAAGCACUGCCAGCUUUGCCUAUCUCAAUUACGUUUGGACUAGUCUUCUAUUUUGCAACGAGGGAGAUUGUGAAGCCAUUUGCUGAUCUUCUGUCUACAGAGCAAGUGUUUAUAUAGUGAACGCCUGACCUCAUAAUUUCCAACAGAAGGUAUAUAAAUGAUGUGAUAACCUAUAAAAUUAAAUUAAUUGAUUUCUAAUAUUGAUUUUCUAAAAUGAUUUCUAAUAUUGUAUUGCGCUCAUGAUCUACUGUGGCUGUCCUUGAAAGCUCAACAGUUCCUUGCACUCAAGAACUAAAAUAGUAACCAGUUAAACCAUGGCUUAAUUUGACUUUGGAUUUUUUGUCUAAAAAUGUUAGUAAAAUACUCCGCAACUUCCUAAUAUCAAUCACUUAAUUUUGAGUUGGUUAAUUUUUUGUGACUGUAGUCUCCUCUCCUGCGGGCAUUCACAUUAAUGUUUUUUGCAUAAAAAUUCAACACUAAGUGCUCUAGGUGCUUUGGAAAUUUCACAAGCUACCCAGGAACAAGGAGUUGCAGAUAGCGUUCAGAAACUUGUACUACCUCAAAUUAAUGGAAGGUGUGAAGACCUGCCCAAACUCAUGAAGUGCUAGGCAGGGCCGCAAAUAUUUUUGAAUGAUUGCUCCUUUAUGUAUAGAGUAGGAUCAACAUUGACUGAUACAUAAAAAAGUGUGAGAGAAUGAUUUUUCCUUGAAGCUCAAGUAUUGAAAUUAAUUUUAUGUAGUCAAUGAAUUGUACAGUCAAUUUUUCUAUUUAUUUUUAUCUUUUAUGCGUCCGUUGAAGUGAGCAUACCUGCGUAGUGCUGUUCUUUUUUAUUUUACUCUUUGAAAAGUCAAGUAUACAUCGAUUAAUGUCUUUGAUAGCUCUAUAUUUUGUCAAAAACCAUGAUAGUCAGCUCAUAGAAAGUCUUAAGGUACAAUCAGUCCUUAAGUUGCCCAAGCCGUCCAAGUUGGUACCUGAGGGCAGUAUGACAACCCAUCAAAGGAACUCCUUAGGGUUUCGUUUUACAUUUAGUUUUACCGUCUUCAGUCCCUGAUUUAUGAGGAGAACUUACUAGCCUUAAGUACCGCACCUUUAAGAUAAGGUAUAUUAGGCAAGCAAAAUGGCGACCGAAGGCUGCUUACGGAUGAGAGAAACCCCAAAUUUCCUGCGGCAAACUGUUUUGCUGCCCUCAGUCGCCAAUGUCCGCCGCAGGCUUCUGUGCUUAAAGUGGUGCACCCUUAUAGUGCCAUUAAUAGUUAGAACUGAUCCAGAAUCUGAAAUCUUCGUUUUUCUGUACUUUUCUAACCAAAGAUCCUACACUUUAUUUUUGAUUGACAUUCCAUUCCAACUCAAGUUUUUUGCCAUGGGAGCACCGUUGCAAAAUGAUAUUGAUUCCAACUACCGUACUUUGUAAAUGAAAUUGAACAAGGUUUUUUGAAUGAUCUCAGUCUAUUAGAAGCUUUAGAGAUCACAUGAAAAUAUCGUUGAUAAAACUAAAAAAAACGCUCGUAUCUUUAUCAUUUUGCAAAGUUACUAAUCUUUCAUCACAUUCUAUUUUAUGGAAACAAGAUUAUAUUAAUCACUAUUUUUUUUUGCAAAACUGUGCCUAUUUUUGUAGAUUCACCUACAACACUAGAAGCUUUACGCAAAGAUUGAUUGGUUUCCUUUAAAAAAAACCAAAAACAGAACCCCAAUAUAUAGAAAGUUAGCAAUCAAUGAACCUCUGUAUUUUUGUAGUUUUAUCACCGAUAUGAUUCAUCAUGCAUUGAUAAUGAAAAAAAUGUAAAAUUAUAUGUAAUGAAUUCCUAACAAUGUGAUCGCAGCAAAGUAAUUGCUUAUCUUCAAGCGCUAAAGGCCGCAUUGUACUUUCAGGAAGUCAAUUCCCAAUUACAGUAUGUAAUGCCCUCCAAGCCAGAUUUUUAAGACUUAAAGAAAUAAAAAUCUGAUCCAAAGGACGAUUUUCGAGACUUGUCAGUAUUUUUUUCAAUCCUCAUUUGGAGAAAGAAUAUGAGUGGAUGAAGUCGGUCAAUUCAUUUUUUCUCAAAUUGUUUAAAUGGUGGAACUCUUUAUCGACUUAAUUUGUAAUUUAACACUUUUAAAGCAUUUUUCAAUUGUAAAUACCUAAUUCCAUUACUUUAAUUUCCUGAAAUUGGAAUGAAUUUGUAAAUACUUUUGUUAAUACAGUCUCUUCUUUUUCAAGAA